AAUGUCUGACGGUGAGACUGCUGUUAUUCAAUCUCUGGCUCCAGGGCCAAUUGAUGGAGUUUCUUAUCCAUUGAAAAUGGUUUAUUGUGGACAAUGCUCAAUGCCACCAGAAUACUGUGACUAUUCGGGACAAACGGACGUCUGUCGUGCUUGGGCCACUCAAAAUGCUCCAGAACUUCUCGAAGGUCUUGAAAUUUCCGAUGAACCAGCAGCCGACGGUGAUGAGAAAAAGAAGCAGAAGCGUGGAGGAAAGGGCUCAAAAACUGGAGCCGCUGCUGCUCAGGCUGCUGCUUCCGGCGGAAAAAAGAAGGGCGGUGGACCACAGAAAGUGACGUUGCAACGGGAGCCACGUGGAAAGAAGAGUGUCACUGUUAUUAAGGGUCUCGCCACUUUUGACAUCGAUCUAAAAGUGGCUUCAAAGCUGUUCGCCCAGAAAUUCGCGUGCGGCUCGUCAGUCACCGGAGCCGAUGAGAUUGUGAUUCAGGGAGAUGUGAAGGAUGAUCUUUUGGAUUUGAUUCCCGAGAAAUGGAAGCAAGUGACCGAUGAGCAGAUUGAUGAUCUCGGAGACAAGAAACGAUAAAUUUUUUUGGCUGAAAAAUCGAUAAUUUGAAAAAAAAAACAUUUUUUACUCUGUUAAAUUCAAUUUUUCGGUGUAUUUUUUUAGGUUAAACAGCAAAAAAAAUUCUCUAAAAUCGAAAAAAUCAACUUUUGAAAAAAAAAAAUCCCAAAAAUCGAAUUUUUAAAAAAAAUCUUUAAAAAUUGAAAAUUAAAAAAUCGAUUUUUCUAGAAUUUUUUUCUUGACAAUCGAUAAUUUUUUUUCAAAUUAUCGAUUUUUAAGAAUUUUUUCUUGAAAAUCAAUAUUGUUUUAAACUGUUUAAUCUAAAAAAUACACUAAAAUAUUAGGUUUUCAACUAAAAAAAUUGUUUUUUUUUUCAAUUUUUGAAUUUUUUGUUACAAUUUUUCUCUAUCUCCGGUUAUUCCAUAUUUCCUGCUAAUUAAUUUGAUUUUUUCCAUCGAUUUUUCAUGUUUCUCGCUCUUUUUUUCUGAUUUCCAUAAAUUACACUUU